GAGGAGGAGGAGGAGGAGGAGGAGGAGGAGACCAUGACGGCUUGUAUGUGAGUAAGCAGCCACACACAUGCUGGUUGGCAUGGACACACGACAACCAAAUGGAAAAGAAUUCUGCUCUCUUCCAGUCCAUAAUCAGGUCUUCUCUGUGGUUUUGCUGCUCCUGAUGGUAUCAUGGUAACAGCUCACAGCACUGUCAGAGCUCUCCUCCUGCUGGUCUGCUGUGCUGUCCUCUGCUCCUCUAUAGGUCCUCCUGUGCUGUCUUCCUAUGCCAAGACAGAAGACAAACUGUUUAAACAUCUCUUCAGAAACUACCAGAAAUGGGUGAGACCAGUGGAGGAUCUAAAUGGAACGGUGCAGGUGAAAUUUGGCCUGGCAAUCUCCCAGCUGGUGGAUGUGGAUGAGAAGAACCAGCUGAUGACAACCAAUGUGUGGAUGAAACAGGAGUGGACAGACAUGAAGCUCCGAUGGAAUCCGGAUCAUUACCUGGGCAUCACUUCCAUCAGAGUUCCCUCAGACUCCAUCUGGAUUCCCGACAUUGUGCUCUAUGACAAUGCAGAUGGUAAUUUCGAGGCCACAGUGACAAAAGCAGUGGUGAGAUAUGAUGGCACUAUCUCCUGGACCCCUCCUGCCAACUAUAAAUCUGCCUGCACCAUCGAUGUGACAUUCUUCCCCUUUGACCUUCAGAACUGCUCCAUGAAGUUUGGCUCCUGGACCUACGAUGGUUCCCACGUGGACAUUCUCCUUGAGGACGUACAUGUGGACAAACGUGACUAUUUUGACAACGGUGAAUGGGAGAUUGUGACGGCCACAGGUAGCCGGGGUUUGAGAAGUGACGGGACAUUUUUCUAUCCAUCCAUCACUUACUCCUUUAUUAUCCGACGUCUUCCACUUUUCUACACACUCUUCCUCAUCAUUCCCUGCAUUGGAUUGUCUUUCCUGACCGUGCUGGUGUUUUAUCUCCCAUCUAAUGGAGGAGAGAAAAUCUCCCUCUGCACGUCCGUCCUUGUCUCCCUUACUGUCUUCCUUCUGGUGAUAGAAGAGAUCAUCCCUUCCUCCUCAAAGGUCAUUCCUCUCAUUGGAGAAUAUUUGGUCUUCACUAUGAUCUUUGUGACACUUUCCAUUGUCAUCACCGUCUUUGCCAUUAACAUCCAUCAUCGCUCCUCAUCUACUCAUCACAGCAUGGCGCCCUGGGUCCGCCGUAUCUUUCUGCACCACCUGCCUAAACUGCUGUGCAUGCGCAGCCAUGUGGACCGUUACGCCACCACCGCAGGGAGGCAGAGAGCAGACAGGACUGGAAGAGAAGGGCUGGGCUAUGAGAAGAGUUUGGGCCAGGAUACCACUCUGCCCAAUGCAGAACACAGUCUGCGGGCAGCCUUAGAAUCCAUACGCUACAUCACGCUUCAUGUGGUGAAGGAGAAUGAAGUCAGAGAGGUUGUUCAAGACUGGAAGUUUGUGGCCCAGGUUCUGGACCGGGUUUUCCUGUGGGCAUUUCUCUUAGUAUCAGUGCUUGGCUCUGCUCUCCUUUUUAUCCCUGUCAUCUAUAAAUGGGCCAAUAUCAUUGUUCCCAGCUAUGCUGGAAGUACCAGCUAAAACACAUGAAUGUAUAAAAUUAAACAAAUCUUUUGCUUGGAUAAAGUUUUUGCAUUAUUGUUACAUUUAUUAUUGUAGUCUUCAAAACAUCUAUGCAACUUGUGGGAAUCAAGCGCUGUCAUUUAUGCUGUAACAUGAUGCAUCACAUUUAUUGUUGUAUGAUGAUUUCAUUACAAUAAAAUUUACAAUAAAAAAUA